UCAAUUUGAGUGACAAUACUUUCUUGAAGAUGAAAAAAUUGAGAUUACUCAAAGUGCUUUGCCUGUCCAAUUGUGAUGGUCUCAAAUAUCUUUCUAAUGAACUACGACUUUUAGAUUGGAUAAGAUAUCCUUUAAGAUACUUGCCUUCAAGCUUUCGACCGGAUAACCUUGUUGCACUUCUUUUACCAUAUAGUCACAUUGAACAACUAUGGAAGGGAAAUAGAGUAAGAAUUAACUUAUCUUAUCCUUGUGUUUUAGCUUAUUUGAUAUAAAUUAUUUAACUUUGAUUAAGGUAAAAAAAAUAGCAUUAUUAUGUUUUCUCUCUAAUUUAUUAUUGUCUUCAACAGCCUUUGUGUAAGUUGAAAAUGAUCAACCUCAAAGGGUCUCAAUACUUGAUCAAGACACCAGACUUCACAACAGCACCAGAACUUGAAGCUUUGAUUAUGGAAGGUUGUACCAGAUUAGUAGAUGUCCAUCCAUCAAUCAGAGUGCUCAAGAUGCUUAAACUUUUAAAUUUAAGAGACUGCAAAAGUCUUAGGAGUCUUCCAACCAGAAUUGGAAUGGAAUCUCUUGAAACAUUAAUUCUUUCAGGUUGCUCAAGUCUUAUAAGGUUUCCGGAGAUUGAUGGGAAAAUGGAAAGUCUAAAAACUCUUGAUCUUUCUGGUUGUUAUAAAAUUAAAUAUUUGCCAUUGAAUUUGCAGCAAAUAGAGUUUUUGGAAGAGCUUGACUUGAGUGAAACGGCAAUAACAGAACCACCAUCCUUGAUUUUUCAAUUGGAAAAUCUUAAAGUUCUGUCUUUCAAUGGGUGCAAAGGACCAUCAUCUAAGUUACGACCAAAUAUGCCUCUGAUGUUGCCUUCGCUGUCAAGUUUGAGUUUAUUAAGAGAGUUGAAGCUAAGGGACUGCAAUCUUCGUGAAGGAGAUAUUCCUAGUGAUAUUUCUAGCCUAUCUUCCUUGACAGAUCUUGAUCUUAGUGGUAACAAUUUCAUCAGCAUACCUGCAUCUCUUACUCGACUCUCGAAGCUUUGGUUUCUUGAUUUGUCAAAUUGCAACAUGUGCACUCUUGGUGAAGCGGAUAUUCAUGGUCUAUCCGCUUUGAGUUAUCUUAAACUUAGGGGUAACAAUUUCAUCACCAUUCCUUUGGCUCUUACUCAACUUUCCAGGCUUCAAUUGCUUGCAUUAUCUAAUUGCAGAAAGCUUAAAUCAUUGCCUGGGCUUCUAACAACCAUAAGAAAUAUGGAGAUAGAUGGUUGUUCUUCACUUGAAGUAAUUGCAAGUCCAUCAAAAGUAUGCAAUUCAGUGGACUCGGGUGCCGUUAAAGCCUUUAACUGCUUCAAAUUGGCUGAGAAUAUCAAUGCAUUAACACUGCUGAAAGAGCAUCUUAAGGCAUUUGCAAAUUCAAUAAAAAGGUUUGACAUUAUUAUGCCCGGAAGUGAAAUCCCAGAAUGGUUUAGCCAACAAAAAGGUGACUCUUCAAUUAAGAUACCGCUACCUAUCAACCUUCGGAAAGAUAGUCAAUGGAUUGGAGUUGCUUCUUGCUGCAUUUUUGUCAAUAAUGACGCUUCAAGGGAUGACGAGGUUAUCAAUUGUGGAACAUUUAUCUACUGUAAAAAUCCUCGACUGAUUGAUUGGACAGGCUCGUUGGUGGGUAAACAACGUAACGAGCCCAUAAUGAAAGAUCAUCUUUUUCUUCAUUAUUGGUCUCGUGAUAAGUUGUAUUCAUCUUCUUUGGAGGAUAAAUAUGGUGACUGUGAAACCAAUAAUUUAUGGGCAACAGAUUGCUUAGAUAAAAAAUGGGAUGAGUUUGAGGUGUCUUUCAUAGAUCCAUUUGGACGCAGUGUUAAGGUGAAGAAGUGUGGUGUUAGAAUAGUGUAUGAGAAAGAUUUGGAAGAAAUAAAAGAGUUGCAGUUCCAUACCACUCAAUCUUCUCCAAAUUCUGAGCACAGCUACCAACACUCUGCUCACAACGAUGGAUUAGUAGGUAGCACUACUCACAUAAAACAAAAACAUAAUAUCUACAAGGAAGCAGGGGAAGAAGGGCCACAACCAAAACGGAUGCAAAAGUUUUUGAAUUUUAUAAUGGGUCAAUCGAAGAAGCAUUAA